AGCCAAUACGAACGAAUGGCCAAGCUGGCCACAUGUAUGGCGGCGACGCACAUGUCUGCUUGUUUUCACACAUAUCGUUCGUGACCCGCCGUAAAAUCGUCAGUUAAGAGACAAAAUGACAAACCUUAGUUCACCAGAAGAAAGUUCAGAUUAUGGGAACGAGACCAGCGAUUCCGAGCAGUUGACAGGAAAAGACGUAAAACGUCUCAAGAAGCCCGAGUUCAGCAGACUGGCAGAUUCGUCUGCCAAAAAACGCAAAGCUUCUGAUUCGGAAGACAGUGAUUCUGAGGAUGAACUCGAAGAGUACGAGAAGAAAGUGCGGAAAAACAACUUCGUUCCUGACAAGAAAAUGCGUACCCUUCUACCAGUGAAAACACGCGAUGGUAUUUUACAUAAAUCUGUACCAAUCGAAAGCACGGAUCCCGACAACGAAGCUGUCACGGAGCAGUUGGAUGAGAACGGUGCUGAUCAUGACGCAAGAAAUGUGGAACAACACCAUAAAAACGAACCUCAAGCUUACGUUGAGUCACUAGCUAACAAAUACAAGGAGGCGCAGAUCAAGAAACAUCGGAUCGGAGUAUUGGCAAGCACUAUUGUGGAAGAUCCGCAGGAACACUGGCUUCUGUUCAGAGAACUAAUUGGGAUGUUGACGGAACCAGGAGCGAGUCCCGUUGUCCAACGUUGGGUGACGCUCUCUCUCCUGGAGGUCCUGAAAGAUGUGGUCCCUGGUUACGCGAUACGACCGCUGGCGGAAGAGGAAAGGGGCAAGAAACUUAAAAAGGAGACGCGUGCCCUGCAGGGCUACGAGGAGGCCCUCCUGCGCUAUUACAAGAGGUUUCUAGUUUUCCUGAACAAGACAUUGACUUCAUAUGCUAAGUUUCUCAGAAGCUCCAAGAAAAAGCGGAAACCUCGUCAGACAGAUCCUACCUCGCGCCUGCGGUGCAGUCUGGCCAGGGCCUGCGCGCAGAGCGCUUGCGGACUGCUGGUCGCUCAUCCGCACUUCAACUACCGCUCCCACCUUGUCAUGUUGGCAGUGGACUGCCUCGGGAGCACAGAUGGACACGUAUCAAAUACGGCACGGAUCGCGUUAUCGCAGCUGUACAGGCAGGACAGGCUGGGAGAGGCUGCGCUGGAUGCGGUCAAGAGGACAAAGGCCCUUAUCAAAUCCAGGAACUUCAAGGUGCAACCGAGGGUGCUCUUUCCGUUCCUGUCGCUCCGCAUCCGCGACGUUCGUCCGGACAAGAACCGAAAGCCUGACAUGGAGAAAGUGAGAGAGAAAUGGAAGAAGAUGUCACGCACAGAGCGAGACAAGACGAAGCAGAUGCUCAAACUGGAGGCUCAACUGCGGGAGACCAAGGCACAGGAGAGCGGGGAACGAAAGGACCACUUCCAGGCAUCUAUCCUGAAACAAGUUUUCUGGACGUACUUCCACGUUCUUAAAGCUGGACACGUGGAUCUGCUGGGACCUGUGCUGGAAGGCCUAGCACGUUUCGCCCACAUGAUUAACCUGGAAUUCUUCGACGACCUCGUCAACGUCCUGCAUGGGCUCAUCAAUGAGCUUAAGCCUCGCGACACCCUCCACUGCCUCAUCACAAUCUUCACUGUCCUGUCCGGUCAAGGUGACGUCCUCAACGUCGAUCCGCAGCGUUUCUACUCAGUCUUCUACCGGAGCUUGCUCGGCGGAAAGGGUCCCCUCAACGCCAAACCGCUCUUGAACUGCUUCGACCUGAUGAUCGUCCGACGGAGAAGGCGGCUCAGUGUGUCGCGCCUCCUUGCGUUCCUGAAGCGUCUGGCCACACUCGCCCUUUCCCACGACGCCUGUCUCUCCCUCCUUCUGAGCAUCCGCGGAGUCAUAAGUGUGGACCGCCGACUGGACAUACUCAUCGACACGGAGAGCGACAAUGCCGGAAUGUUCCGCCCGGACCUCGGAGACGAAGAGGGGGCCGCGGUUCCCGCUGGGACGUUGUGGGAAUUGCACCUGCUCCGGCGCUACUUUGCCCCCAAAGUGCGCACAGUCGCGCGGUACUUGGCAGAAGGCGCGGAAGGAGUCUUGCCGCAGGGAAUAGGCAAGGCUAAUCCGAAGGAAGUCGUAGAUGAAGACGCGUUUGAAGGACUACCGGACCUGUGUCCGAGAAAGGGGAAACCGCACUUUACAGCCGGCAAAGGUGUGUGCUCGACGGCUGUGAAGUUGUUCUCGUUUGUGGAUGACUGGCCGUCAUCAAAGACGUGAGGGGGGAAUGAAAUGAUAAAGGUUUUGCCAAUAUUA